AUGUUCUCUAACCGAAACGUUCGCUACCUCCUUCUGGCGUUAGCCAUCUUGGGGAUUGUGGCCUUUUUCGCAACCACGCAAAACUCGCUAGGCUCAUCCAUCCAAAGAACCAAGCCUGCCGUCUCAGGGGAUGCAGCUGUCCCAUUACUGGGUGAAAUGGAUAAUGUUGAUACUUUACAGGGAAAACCUCACCAAGGAAACGAACCUCCAUACCAACAAAAUGAUAACAAGAAACCAGCGGCUCCCGGCCAGGUCGAAGCCAACAAGGAUCUUGCUCCAGAAACCGAAACCGAAUCUACUGAAGGUUCAGUCGUCAACCAGUCCUCGCCAAAGACGACCAAGACUAAACCCAAGACUAAGGGCAAGCCCAAAGGCUCUUGUAAAGAAGUUGACUAUGUGGUUAUGAUUGACGCUGGUUCUACUGGCUCCAGAGUCCACGUAUAUGCGUUCAACACCUGUGUAUCACCACCUAAGUUAUUGAGUGAAGAGUUCAAGAUGUUGAAGCCAGGCUUGUCUUCCUUCGAUACCGAUACCAAGGGAGCUGCUGAAUCACUCGAUCCAUUGUUGAAACUUGCCUUAGAAACCGUUCCAGAAGCCAAGAGAGGCUGUACUCCUGUGGCUGUCAAGGCCACUGCUGGGUUGAGACUUUUAGGUAAGGAAAAGUCUGACGCCAUUUUGGCGGAAGUCAGAGCGCACUUGGAAAAUGAUUACCCAUUUGCUGUCGUUCCCGGUGACGGUAUAUCUAUCAUGGAAGGCAAAGACGAAGGUGUCUAUGCCUGGAUCACCACCAACUACUUGUUGGGUAACAUCGGAAGUUCAGAAAAGAACCCUACUGCUGCUGUAUUUGACUUGGGUGGAGGUUCUACUCAGAUUGUAUUUGAGCCUCAAUUUGGUGACAACGAGAAGAUGGUCGAAGGUGACCACAAAUACGAUUUCACGUUUGGUGACAGAGACUUCCUGCUUUACCAGACUUCGCACUUGGGCUACGGAUUGAUGCAAGGUAGAAACAAGAUCAACGCCAAGGUCAUCCAGGGCAGUUUGAAAGAACACCCAGACUUGGAAAAGCUCAGCGACAAGGCAUCCACCAAGGGUGCUAAGGCCUCUAUCACCAUCAACAAUCCUUGUAUUCCUCCAAAUGUAAUUGCUCAUGAUGUAGUAGUUGAAGUUUCUGAAUCGGAAUUCUACGUUGUCAACUUCCAGGGUCCAUCAACUCCUGGUGGAACUCUCUGUCGUGCCAUUGCCGAGCAGGUGCUCAACAAGGAUGCCGAAUGUACCUCCAAGCCAUGUUCGUUCAAUGGUGUGCACCAGCCUUCAUUAGUCAAGUCUUUCCAGAAGACUUCUGACAUGUUCGUAUUCUCGUAUUUCUACGAUAGAACCAACCCCUUGGGUUUCCCCUCUUCUUUCACCGUCGAGGAGUUGGCUGACUUGGCCAAGAUCGUGUGUAACGGCGAAACCUUGUGGCAGGAAGUUCUCUUGGACGACCACAUCAAGGAAUUGAAGGAAGAGCCUCAAUGGUGUACCGAUUUGUCGUUCAUCACAGCCAUGUUGCACACAGGUUACGACAUUCCCUUCCACAGAGAAUUGAAGACUGCCAAGACGAUCGACGGCAACGAGUUGGGAUGGUGUUUGGGAGCAUCGUUGCCAUUGUUGGACAAGACCAACUCCGGCUGGCAAUGUAGAGUUGAAGAGACCAACUAGUCCGCAUAGAUAGUAUUCGCAUUCAUACAAUGUAUAUUAUUUGAGUAU